AAAAUAAGGCUAAAACUUCUUUGAAGUCAAACAGAAGGGAAGAUGAAAGAAGGGUAGUUGGGUUGUAUUUCAGUGAAACAAAUGGUUUAAAGCAAGUGUUGAUGCAUAUUGACAUGGAGAAGGCGAGAGAGUUUCUGGAGAAACUGACGUCCGGCGAAGAAGCCGACGAGGUAUCGCGACUCACCUUCCCUCCCCACCGGCCCCUCGCUGAGUCCAGCUUCUACGAGUGCUUCGCCGGCAGAGGCGUCCGCCUCGCCCUGCUCCAGCCGGAUUUCAUCUCUUGCUCUUUCAAAGUGCCGCCUCGUCUCCUGGAUAGAGAUGGGAAGCUUGCUAUGGGUGCAAUCACCACUUUAGUUGAUCUUUUAGGGGCCGCGGUGGCGUACCAGGGCCAGGGGGAUGACUCGUGGAAUCUGUCAGCUGAUAUGUCCAUCUCCAAUCUCUCCACUGCGAAACUGGAUGACGAAUUGGAAAUUUUCGCGAGGUGUUUAGGUCGACAAGGUGGCUACUCCGGAACACACAUACUCAUUCGAAACAAAGCAACUGGGGAAAUUGUUGCCGAAGGGCGACAUUCAUUAUUUGAUGCUCACAGCAAAUUGUGACUACGGACGUUGUUUGCAUCACGGCAACUACAUCGACAACCAUCAAUCACACCACGGCCGCUCUGUACUUAUGCGUCCCUGAAAUAGUUCACUGAAAGGGACGCAUACACUAUUUUUUUAAUUUUCGUGCCAAAAAAAGGUCUUAAAAUAGCCGGGACGGAGGGAGGAAGUAGUUCAAUGUUGUCCAACUAUCUGUUGUGACAAAAGAAAAAUAUCUCGCAUCAUUAUAUGGUCAUAAGACUCAUUAAAUUAUAGAGACAUGUAUAAGAAUAACGACAUCUGCGUAGAAGAUGCCAGAAAAUAAUGGCCAAUAUAGUUGGGUUAGGGGUUAGGGAAAAUGAAGAAAUAAUAGUUUCAUAGUGUGGUGGAUUAGGAACAAAAAUGUGUUUUUGUCAAAUUGUCAAGAGUCCUGCACGAGUUGUUAUAUUAUAUGUCGUAUAUAUUUAUGCUUAAUAUUUAAUAGAAUUUAAUUUAUAUCAAUUUUAAAUAAA